AAAGCAUGGAAAUUAAAAAACAAAUUACAGGAAUGAGAAGAUUACUGAAUGACAGCACUGGGAGGAUAUAUCAGCGUGUUGGCAAAGAAGGAGAAAAAUUAAAGCAAGAGCCCCAGGAUUUGGAUUUGGUCUGGCCUCAGCGUUUGAACUCCUCUGCUGAAGGCCCACAGGGUGUCCACCCUUCUUCACGUGGUGCAUGGAAUGAGCUACCACCCCAAAGUGGUCAGUUCUCAGGGCAGUAUGGCACUCGUUCUAGAACUUUCCAGAGUCAGCCCCACACUGCUGCAAGCUCCAAUGGAGAACUUCCAGUGGCGAAUUCUUCAGUUGGGUCAAACUGCUGUACUUGUAACUGCCAGUCGACGUUGCAGGCCAUUCUCCAAGAACUCAAGACCAUGAGGAAAUUAAUGCAAAUUCAAGCAGUUGGAACUCAGAACAGACAACAACCCCCAAUCUCCCUUAUAUGCUCCCAGCGAACUGCUGUGUCACGCAAGAGAAAUAAAAAGAAAAAAGUACCCCCAAAGACUGUUGAACCUCUUACUGUGAAGCAGAAGCCUAGCAUGGUAGAAGCUGAGAAGAAGACCACCGUGGCCUCCGGGCAGUCUGGUGUCCAGGCAGCCCAGCACAGCUUCCCGGAGGAAAGCCACGUCCUGGGAUUUGGCAUCGUUCUCCAGUCACCUUCCUCUGAUCCAGAAGUGCAACUUGCCGAAGGCUUUGAUGUGUUUAUGCCCAAAUCUCAGCUGGACUCUAUAUUGUCAAACUACACUCGCUCAGGAAGCCUUCUGUUUAGAAAACUGGUGUGUGCAUUUUUUGAUGACAAGACUUUGGCUAACUCCUUACCCAAUGGGAAGAGGAAAAGAGGACUCAAUGACAACCGGAAAGGACUAGACCAAAAUAUUGUGGGUGCAAUAAAAGUCUUCACAGAAAAGUACUGUACUGCUAACCAUGUGGAUAAACUUCCUGGCCCAAGAGACUGGGUACAGAUUCUACAGGAUCAAAUUAAACUGGCCAGAAGAAGGUUAAAAAGAGGCUCAGCAGAGGUAGCUGACGGUGAUGAAAGACUGGAUGGCAUUUCUCUACCACCAACAGAUGGAGACAGAGAUGUUUCAGAUAAGGAAAUUGAGCACAGGGGAUGCUAGAACAGCUUCAUGGAACUGAAAAAAUUUUCAAGAAAUCUGAGAAUGAGAAGGAACUUGAGAGAUCAUCUACUCCAAUCCCUUCUUUUUAUCCAGUCCUUUUAUUUUACAGGAAAAAAUGCCUGAGGUCCAGAAACAUUAAAUGACUUUCCCAAGGUCUCACAGCUGGUUGAUGGCCUGGCCGGAACCCAGGUCCCUCGACUCCCAGCCAUUACACCGUGUAGCUUUCUUAUACCUAAGCCAAAGCCAGCUUUUCUCUGCAUGUUUCUUAAAGAUCCUCAGAGAUGAUGGAUGUACUAAUCCCUUUAGGAUUCCAUUUCAGUGUCACACAGUCUUCACAAUUAGAAUGUUCGUUGUCUGUUCACUGCAGUUUAAGCUCAUUUAUUCACGUCCUUUCUCAAAUUUUGCCCAAGGCUGUGAGGUCACAAUGAAGAAAGUAAUGGAACACACCUGCAGAUCUUUUCACUAGACUAUUGAUAGACAUAUGAUACAAAUUUCUAAACAGCAUGAUAAAUAAAAAUGCUUAUCAUUUAGAAAAGCGAGGAGAAGAAGUCGCAGAUUGGUGCCCAGAUUUUGCAGGAAUAAAAUUAAAUGAUCCUGAUAGUCUA